CCUGUGCCGACACGGACAGAAGACGCCAGAAACAUCCAGGCCAGGCCAGUGCCGUGGGGGAAGUUGCCGCCACACUGGACGAGCAAUGGCAAUGAAAAGACCGAAAAAAUAUGGUCAAUUGGUUCUGCCGAAGGCCAAGAGGAGGAUGGAUUGGUAGAGAAGUCCGUCACCGAGGCCAUGGCUGGUCUGGAACACAAUGCUCGCAGUCGCAAAUCGAGCUACAGCCUGCGAUUCUUCAAAGAAGGGUUGCCACCCGAGGACAAAAUCCGUCGCAAAGACAACAAGACUCCCAAAGAGAAGUUGCCUCCUCUCGAGGAGGGUCUCCAGAAUUCUUCGCGCGAGGCGCCCCAGUCUGCGACUUCUGACAAGGAUUUGACACCCACUCGCCCUCCACCGGAAGAUCGCGAACCUUCUUUCUUGCUGUCGGAUCCACUCGACGAGCAUUCUGUUAUUUGCACAUCGCCUAGCGACGGAUAUUUCUCACUGCCAGUCAGUAACUCACUGGAGUCGGAAGAGAUUACGCCACUGCAAGUGCAGCCAUCAUCUCAGGCCAAAGAUGCGCCAGAGCAGACCAGAUUGGUGGAGCCGGCUUGUACUGUGGGACCGACUCCGGCUGCAGAUGCCGAGGUCACCUGUGAACCCGAAUUAGUGGAUGCGAGACGGGACUCGGCCGACAGCUCCCAUACUGAAGUCGGAUCUCGUGAGGAUGGGGAAGCCGACGAAUCUGGGGAAGAAAAGAUCUCGUCUGCUGUUUUCCUGCCCCACCAAGAGGUGCAGAAACCCGGUGUAAGUGAGCCGCAGGACCGCAUUGCGGCCCGUAGUAUCCGUGUUCGCUCCCUGUCACAAAGUAAUCAACGUCCGUGGCUCGUCAAAGCCGAUGAACCUGAGCCUGAAGCCAUUGAUGAGUCGGAUGAACCACCUUACGGUAUUUCUCGCCAUCCUUCCCGUGAGGCGCUGACCCUGACACGCGGUGAUCUUGUUCCUGCGCGAGGUGAAGAAGGCGCUGUCAUUGAGGAAGAAAUCACAGUGACAUCCGACUCCUUAAAACAACCGCAAAUCGUGAGCCAGUAUGAAGACCAUGUCCAUGAUCAUCAGCACGACCCUCAAGAGCCCCUUGAGGCGAUUGAGCUCAUUCCGUAUAAACAUCAAGUUGGUGGCCACACCACCCUCUGGAGAUUCUCUCGAAGGGCUGUUUGUAAACAACUCAACAAUAGGGAAAAUGAGUUUUACGAGACUAUCGAGAGAUACCACCGUGAUCUGUUGCCUUUCCUUCCUCGCUAUAUUGGUGUGCUGAAUGUCACCUUUCAGAAGCAGGCGCGCCGAAAGAGCGCGUCCAAGAAGGACGACGCUGCAGCGGCCGAGCGAAAGAAGGCGCAGGAAAAGCUUGAAGCUUGUAGGCACGAACUGGAGCAGACUGAGGAGCAAGCGAAGCCCGAGAGACCAACAGGCAGAGUCAUCAGCCAAUCCCUUGCCAACAGCAACAUCCCUGUCCCAACAGUGACUUUCGACGACAACAGGCACAUUUUGCCCCGAAACCUACUUCAGCCGAUGCCUUUGCCAAGGGAAUAUCGACGACAGAGCAUUUCAACAUCAACCCUGUCAAACCGCUGCGUCCCCUCCUCCGGAACAUCGAAUAGGCCGACCCUGGACGAGCGACCCAACAGUUGGGGCGCUACCAUGGUCAACAAGCGAUUGAGGAACGAGGUCUUUAACGACGCAUUCCUUAAAGAACCUGUCAAGAUUCACAGACAUCGCCGACCGCACCAGCGAUCCAUUCCGCGUCCAACUUUGCAACGUCUUUUGCGAUCCACCAAUUCCGAUCCUGCUUUGAUUAAGAGCGACUCGCCGUUUAUGGAUGAGCAUGACGCACACGCUCAUUGCCACUCGGAACGGAAGAUUUCUCAUCAUUACUCGCACAGCGAUCUUGGACCUGGCAUGGAUGGUAUGGACGAAUUUGUGCAGUCAGAGCCUGAGCAGGCCCCUGAAGAAGUCAAGGAUGUAACGGGAACGAGUGCUCCUGAGCCCGAAACACUCAAGGACAACCCCCUCGCCGCUAAGAAAAAGCGUAGGUACUCAGCUGGUGGCCUUCGUCGCAAGCCCGAGGAUGUUAGAGAACCAAGAGGCGACUUGAAGUACUUUGAGGAAGCCGAUGAUGCUGGAUACAAGGGCGACAACGAGGAUAAGCCUAGACGACACUCGAAAGCUCACCAUGAAGGACAUCACGCUUCUGAAGCAAAUGGCGCCCAUCACCAUUCACAGUAUCUUGAACAAUUGAAGCCGGAACACGAGUUUGCUGUUGAGUCAACAGAGCCUGCUCCGGCUCCUGAUGAUGCCUCAGAGUUCACAAAGAUACCCAGACCAGUCAACCCGAAAGAGGCCAAGUCCCAAAAGGAUCGUGUUGAGUACUUCUUGCUCUUGGAAGAUCUUACAUCGGGAAUGAAGAGGCCUUGCAUGAUGGAUCUCAAGAUGGGCACUAGGCAAUAUGGUGUGGAGGCCAGUCCGAAGAAGCAAAAGUCGCAAACAGAAAAGUGCCGAAACACGACAUCAGCCGAGUUGGGAGUCCGAAUUUGCGGUUUACAGGUGUGGAAUGCCGAGAAGCAGACGUACGACUUCCAGGACAAGUAUUACGGCCGCAAGCUCAAAGUUGGAAGCGAGUUUCAGGGCGCAUUGCAAAAGUUCCUAUACGAUGGUCAGGACUUGCAUAGCAUUUUACGACACAUUCCAGUUGUGCUUAAGAAGCUUGGGCAGCUGGAGCAAAUCGUGAGCAAGCUGGGCGGAUAUCGCUUUUACGCAGCGAGCUUGCUCAUGUUUUACGAUGGUGACACAUCGGAGGAUGAGGACUACGAGACUAUGUACGAAUCAACUACCGACUGUGCCACCGAUACCGAGGAGACGCCACGCAAGAAGGCGAAAAGCAAGAGGGAGAUUGAUUUCAAGAUUGCCGAUUUUGCCAAUAGCGUCACCCCCUUCGAUAACAUUGACGACAAGCCAUGCCCCCCACAGCACCCUGGUCAACCUGAUGGUGGGUUCCUCAAGGGCCUUCGAAGCCUGAGAAGAUACUUCCUUCAGAUCCAACGGGAUGUGAGGCAGGAGCUGGGGCUUGAUCCAUACGGACGAUUCUCGAACCAUAUGGAUUACGCCGAUUUCGACGCUGAGCACGGGGUGGCCAGUCUUUAGCUGGCCAGGAUUAACAACGGCGGUGUACGUUUGGGAAGAAGUGUCCGAUACCCAUUAUUUCAUUUGGACGGUUUUGCAAAUGGUUUUUUGGUUUGGUGGAGUUUAUGGUUUUGUUUUUGUUGCUUUUUCAUCAACGGCCAACUUCUUUCCCAGCAGGGGCCCUUGGGAGUUUUCAGGAGUGAAUUCUCGGUGGUAUAGGAUUCGAACGAAAUUCAGAAGGGUAGAAGGAACAUGAUUUGUGUCUUUAGACACAUCGAAUUCAUCUCAAAACAUACCCUGCAUCGGUUACGGCGCAACAGUAAACAGGAAAAGGGGGCUGGAGUUCGAAAAACCCGGUUCUACUGUCGACUGUUUCCUCACUUGAGCUGGAAACAAGUGAAGGAACAAGGGGAGGAAUAGUGAUGGCUUUGGCCUCAUCGCGGGGAGGUGUCUGUUUUUCUUUGGAAUUGUUUCAUUGGUGUUGGGGAAGGGAAACGAAAAUCAGAAUGAUGAUGGUGUUCUUUUGAUUUGCAGUCUGCUUGCACUUGACAGCAGUGAAUGGGCGAUUCCUGGUGG